UUCUGUUCUCACCUGUUCAUUUUUCCCCUUGGUUAUAACUGCACAUAUUUUUGAGUGUGGAUCGAGCGGGGUCGUUUUAACAGGGGGUGUUCUUGGUGAAAAUCGCCCGUCUAAUGAGCUGCUCAAUGUAAUUUGUAGAUUUUUUGGUGCCCAGAAUUAGUUGAUGAAUUUUCUAUUGAUCCGAAGCAGUCCGAUUUAUCUUUGCCAGCCAGGACACCUUCCCCCCUCCCCGAUCGCCGCAAAGGCGUUAGCAUCGCCAUUACAAGAGGAUUUGCGAGUUACAGAUAGAUUCUGAGCGGAUACAAUCUCACUUUUUAUGCAUUUAGUAAAAUUGAAUGGAUUAUUCUGUGCAGCGUUUGGGGGGUGGCUACAAACAUUAAUACACGCAGCGUAGACAGAAUUUCCCGAUUUUUAAACGCAUUUAACGGCCUUGAGACAAGAUACGCCUAUUCGGCAACUUGCUAAGUUUCAUGAAUUUACAAAAGGUACACAUUCAACAUCAGUAAUCUAAAAACUGUUUCCAGGACAAGCUUAGGAACAUUCGGCAUUCAAUUCUAUUUCCUUAUCCGGGAAUCGAACCGACCUUACCAUUGGCUGGCUGCGUCACAUGAGCGCCUAACUUUGUUCACUUGCCAGGGAAGUAGGAGGGCUCAGGGAACAGGAAAAAACGGCUGGGUUAGAAAAUUUUUUGAGUUAUUUUGCAUUUCAGAUAUUAAAGGUCAUGAGUUCGUUUUUGAUUAACUCUAACUAUGUGGACCCUAAAUUCCCACCGUGUGAAGAGUAUUCACAGAACAGUUACCUACCAAGCCAUUCUCCGGAUUACUAUACCCGGGCACGGGAGCCAGGGUUCCAACAUGAGGCGAUGUACCCGCGGUCAGCGUACCAGAGUGACCAGCCCUACUCGUCUUGCAGUAAGCUGCAGGGCUCGGGCGAGCAAGCCGUGGCGCCUAAGGGUCACGUCCAGUCGCAGGCCGGCCUUCAGGACCACUUAGCCAAGCAUGGCCACCAGUGUGUCUCGGUGUCUCCAAGCCCACCGCCCUCUUGUAGCCAGAACUUCAGCAACCAAAACACUGCUUGUUCUAAGGAGCCUGUGGUUUAUCCAUGGAUGAAGAAAUUACAUAUAAACUCCGUGAAUCCUAAUUGCAAAGGAGGGGAAUCCAAACGCUCCCGCACUGCUUACACGAGGCAGCAGGUUCUGGAGCUGGAGAAGGAGUUCCAUUUUAACCGGUACCUCACUCGGCGACGCAGGGUCGAAAUAGCCCAUUCACUUUGCCUGUCGGAACGACAGAUAAAAAUAUGGUUCCAAAACAGGCGAAUGAAAUGGAAAAAGGACCACAAGUUGCCAAAUACCAAGAUCAGGUCUACCACUACUGCAGGCUCAUCGUCCUCUGCAAAUCAUCAGUCGCAAGGAAGCUCUCAGAACCAGGAGCCAAGUGGACAAUCGGCCACGUUAUAGCUGCUGCCCUUUUUGCGAGUGAAACUGGUAGAUGCGCGCAGGCACAAGCAUAGGAUGUUAACUUGAAGGACUGAAGGUUAUUUAUAAUGGCAGAGCCUAAACUGUAAAUACUCUGAUUUUUUGCCAACUUCUCUCU